GGGAGAUCCAAGCCAGCUCGAUCGCAGCCUCGUGCAACAGUAUUCCAGUGCAGCACUCACAGAUCAUCUUUGCCCGAGAGAAGCUAGUAAGCGCAUAAUAUAUAAGGCGAGGAAGACAGCCGCGGCUAUGGACGGCAAGAGCUCGGAGCUCGCGAGGGCGGUGGCCGAGGCGGAGGCGAGAGAGGAGCGGCUGCGGCGGGAGCUGGAGGCGGCGCUGGCGCGGGUGGCCGUGGCGGAGGAGGCCGAGGAGCGGCUGUGCGUGCAGCUCGGCGAGCUGGAGGCGGAGGCCAUGGAGCAGGCUCUCGAGUACCAGCAGCACGUGAGGGCGCUCUCCGAGAGGCUCGCCUUCAUGGACGGCGUGCUCAGGUCCUCCGGCGCCCUCCAGAGCGCCGUCGUCGCCGGCGGCAUGCACUGACCAUGGUUGCUUCCUUCAGUGCUCCGUAUAUGCUAAGGAUCAUGCGAGACUGCACGGAUUUGGUUUUCUUAAUCUCAACUUCUGUGUGGUGUGGUGUAGCGUGUACAGGAUGCACAUUUUUACUUGAGAUGUGUAUAGUUCAUCUGUGUAGCCCAAAUGACUCUUUGGAGAACAUGCGAGCUUUCCUUGGUCC